UCCUGUGAACAAGCUCCACAUCUGCUUUUCUAUUGAAACAUUUAUUCUUUGUCCCAGUCACUGCCACCAUCUUCUGUGAAGUCAGACUAACAGUAUGUAUGUAGCUGUCUAAAUAAUGACCUUGUUCAUCCCUGAUAUGGCUGGUCAUCUGUUUUUGCUCAUCCUCCUUUUCGAUACCUUCCAGUACAUCAAAGCCAAAGAUCUUCCUCGGCCCAGUCUAACAGUGAUUCCUGCAGUCAUCAAAGAGAGAGACUCAGUUCAGCUGAACUGUCAGACUCCUUCAUCUGUCUCUGAGUGUUACUUCAAAAUGGAAGGGCAAGUGGAAUUCACCCUACCAUCACCCUGUCAACAGACUCUCACAGGAACACUACUGGUGAGGUGGACAGGUCAGAGUUCACCAGCUGAGGUCAAAAUACAAUGUCAGUACAGUGCUACAGGUUCACAGUUUAGAUCCAUGUUCAGUGAGCCUUCAACAGUCACAAUUCAGGACCUUCCUCAGCUGACAGUGAGUUCUACAGUCAUCAGAGAGACAGAAUCAGUUCAGCUGAGUUGUGAGACUCCUCCAUCUCUCCCUGUGUCUCACUGUUACUUCUACAUAGAGGGGAGGAAGAAUCUUCCAGACUCAUUGUGUACGCAGACAAUAACAGGAACUCAGCUGCUGAAGAGGGCAGAUCAAACAUUUCCAGUUGUGGUCAAAGUGAAGUGUUACUAUGCUGUAUGGAAGUCUCACACAUCUCCGUUUAGUAACUCUGUCUCAGUCACUGUUCAGGACCCACCUCCUCCCAGGCUGACAGUCAGUUCUACAGUCAUCAGUGAGAGAGACUCCAGUUCAGCUGAGCUGUGACUCUCCUCCAUCUGUCUCUGUGUCUCAGUGUUACUUCUACACAGAGGGGAGAGAUCCUAAACCCUCACCCUGUACGAAGUCACUCACGGGGACUGAGCUGCUCUCGUCGGCAGGUCAAAGUUCAUCUGCUGAGAUCAAACUGAGAUGUUUUUACACAGUAGAAACUCACUUUCCAUCGAUGCACAGUGGUUCUGUCUCUCUAUCUAUUCUUGAUCCAAAACCAGACAUUACAGUCCAUUUUGAUGGGUACUUCACCAUCAUCUGUUUGAUUCCUGGAUCCGUCAGUCCUGACACCACCUGUAACCUGUAUGUUGGAGAGGAGAGUCAGCCAUCCUUCACAGAAAAGAUCUGGAAAGAAAAAAGCAAAGCUUCCAAACAGUGGUUCUGUAGAUUCACUGUAACUGAGAGGGAUGUUAUCAGAACUCUACAGUAUGUGAGACGUAUGGAGGUGAGCUGUGACUACAGAGUGAGCUCAGGACCAAACU